UUGAGGAAAAGAAAGACUAGAAACUAACAUCUGAUAAUAUGCAAAUUCAUUCAUGGGAUUAUAAAUAGCAAUACUCAUACACAUCUUUCUUAUCUCAACUUUUAAAUUUAGCUUUCCACUUCUGCUUCUAAAUAUCUUCACAAAAAUGGGGAGUCUACCAUGGCUUGCUCACUUUCUCUGCUUCCUUCUGUUUCACUUGCAUUUUCAAGCUUCUUCCUCACUAUCUUUUUCUUUCAAUUCCUCUACUUCAAUGUUGUGCCAACAUGACCAGAGUCUUGCCUUACUCCAGUUCAAGAAAACCUUUUCCAAUUGGAAUUCCCCUUAUACCAAAACAAAGUCUUGGAAAGAGGGCACAGAUUGCUGUUGGUGGGAUGGGGUCAUUUGUGACAUAGGAACAGGUAAUGUAAUUGGCCUUAACCUUUCUGCCAGCUUGCUCUAUGGUACCAUCCAUUCUAAUAAUAGUCUUUUCUCCCUUCAUCAUCUCCAAAAGCUUGACCUCUCUUUCAAUGAUUUUAACAACUCUCAAAUUGUAUCUCAAUUUGGCCAUUUUUCAAAUUUAACAUAUCUUAGCCUAUGUUCCUCGGAUUUCGUGGGCCGAAUUCCUUUAGAAAUUUCUUAUCUGUCUAAACUGGUAUUUCUUGAUCUUUCUGGGAACUAUGAUUUGAUAUUAGAAACCACUUCUUUUAAGAAGCUUCUUCAAAACAUAACCCAGUUACAGGAGUUGGACUUGAGUUUUGUAAACAUGUCUUUGGUCGCACCUAGUUCCUUGAUGAAUUUGUCUUCUUCUUUGGCAUUUCUCAAACUCGUGUCAUGUAAGUUGCAAGGGAAAAUCCCAGAUAUGAGUCAUUUAUCUAAGUUGGCUUUGCUUGAUCUCUCUAAUAAUCAUCUGACACUAGAAACAAUGACUUUUGAGAAGCUUUUUCAAAACCUAUCCAAGCUGAGAGAAGUUAACUUGAAUGAUGUAAACAUGUCUUUAGUUGCACCCAGUUCUUUGAUGAAUUUGUCUUCUUCUUUGGCAUCUCUCAAACUUGAGCACUGUGGUCUGCAAGGAAAAAUCCCAGACAACGUAUUUCAACAACCAAACCUCCAAUUGCUCGAUUUAUUGGGAAAUGAAGGUCUCAAUGGUUCCUUACCUAGGCAUGAUUGGAAUAAUUCUUUGCAGUCCCUAUCUCUUUCUAGAACAAAGAUUCAAAUACAUUUAGAACACGACUUUAUCAAUAAUUUAAGGUCUGUGGAAACUUUGGAUCUCAGUGCCUGCAACUUUGAAGGUUCAAAUUUGGAAUUGUUUGGUAGGUUGACUCAACUCAUUGAGUUGCGCCUCUCUCAUAAUAAUUUCAGCGGUCAAAUUCCAUCUUCACUUCAAAAUCUUAAGAAACUCUUGGAAUUAGACCUCUCUUAUAACAAUUUCAAUGGUCAGAUUCCCUCUUCAUUUGAAAACCUCCAACAACUUCAUGUUUUGUACCUUCAAAAUAACAAUCUCAGCGGUCAAAUUCCAAAUUACUUUUCAAACUUCACACAACUUUCUCUUUUCUCCUUAGCAAAUAAUCUGUUUACCGGCCCCAUGUUCCAAGUAGACAGGCUUUUAAGUCUAUACUACCUUGAUUUGUCCAAUAACUUAUUAAACGCAACAAUACCACCCUCUCUGUUUACCCUUCCUCAACUGUACACCUUAGUCCUCAACAAUAACCAACUCACUGGUCAUUUUGGUCCAUUCAAGGAUAAUCAAUUGGGUUACAUUGAUUUAGGAAAUAACAAGUUGCAUGGCCGAAUACCAAGUUCAAUUUCCAAACUUGUGUACUUGAGUUUUCUCAUUCUUUCAUCCAAUAAAUUGGUAGGAGAAGUUCCUUCUACAAUUUGCAAGCUGAAAUCUCUCCAAAUUCUUGACUUGUCAAACAAUAGUUUGAAUGGUGUCAUCCCACAAUGUUUGGGAAAUUUUAGCAAUGCCCUUUCGGUAUUGCAUUUGGGCAUGAACAAUUUCCAAGGAACCAUUCCUGAACCAUUUUCAGUAGGCUGCAGCUUAAGAUAUUUGAAUUUCAAUGGCAAUCAAUUGCGAAGGAGAGUCCCACCGUCCAUCUCUAAUUGCAAAAUUUUGGAAAUCUUAGAUCUUGGCAACAAUAAUAUAGAUGACACAUUUCCUCAUUUUCUGGAAACCCUUCCUGAGUUGCAAGUUCUAGUGCUCCAAUCCAAUAAACUCCAUGGUUUGGUGAAAGGAUCCUCUACCAAUUAUUCGUUCUCAAAGCUACGAAUUUUUGACCUCUCCAAUAACAUGUUUAGUGGGCCUCUACCUGCAGAGUAUUUCAAUAAUUUCAAAGCAAUGAUGAAUGUUGGUGUGAAUAUGAAAUACAUGGGUUCACCAAACUAUAAUUAUGAUUAUUCAGCGAGUCUGACGUUCAAAGGAUUGGAGAUUGAAUUGGUGAAAAUUCAAACACUUCUCACAACCAUUGAUUUGUCAAGCAACAAAUUCACAGGGAUAAUUCCACAGUCAAUUGGAAAGCUUAAAUCACUUAAGCUGCUCAACUUAUCUCACAAUCGUCUCACAGGCAAUAUUCAACCUUCAUUGGGGAAUUUGAACAACUUGGAAUCACUAGACCUCUCUUCAAAUCUUCUUGUUGGAAGGAUUCCUACGCAAUUGGCAAAUAUGACAUUUCUGCAAAUAUUUCAAGUUUCACAUAAUCGACUGGAAGGACCCAUACCUGAAGGAAAGCAAUUCAACACAUUUGACUCCAGUUCAUAUGAAGCAAAUUUGGGACUUUGUGGAUUUCCGCUGAAAAAUUGUAACAGUGAGAAGAGGCAACAACCAACAGCAUCAAAAGAAGGUGAUUCCGAAUCUAAAAUUGGAUUUGGGUGGAAACCUGUUGUGGCAGGGUAUGGAUGUGGAGUAAUAUUUGGUGUUGCAAUGGGAUAUGUUGUGUUCAAAACUAGAAAACCUAUGUGGUUGGUGAGGAUGGUUGAAGGUAAGAGACGUCGAAAGCCAAGAAGAUCCAACAACUAAAGAUUAUUCACACAAUAGAGACUUCUGAAUGUGCACAAAUGGUGUUUAUAGGCAGUGAGAAUAAGUAAGGAGGUCCAUAGUUGUUGGCAAAUGAAGAUACAGUUCGGCAUAUGAAUGCAGGGGCAAAUCUUGCACACUUGUCAUGCUUCUUUCUUUCUUUCUGUUAUUUAAUAAAGAAAGUUUUUGUAUGUCAAAAGUUGGAGUUGGUGUGGUGUCUGUAUCUGUUUGAUACUUCAAUUUAAUUUUCUGUCUUGUUUGGGCUGA